AUGGCUGGAUGUUGUAUGUCAGCCGAGGAGAAGGAUAAUCACAGAAUCAAUCAGGAGAUUGACAGGCAGCUGCGACAGGACAAGAAAGACUCGGGCAGUGAACUCAAACUGCUGCUAUUAGGUACUGGAGAGAGUGGGAAGAGCACCUUCAUUAAACAGAUGAGAAUCAUCCAUGGUGCCGGCUACUCAGACGAGGACAAGCGAGGCUUCACCAAGCUGGUGUACCAGAACAUCUUCACUGCCAUGCAGUCCAUGAUCCGCGCCAUGGAGACCCUCAAUAUCCCCUUCUUGGAGGCCCAGAAUAAGGGCUAUGCCAGCAUGUUGAGUGAGGUGGAGGUGGACAUGGUGAAUGAUCUGGAGAGAGGCCAUGUGGACACCAUCAAGAGCCUGUGGAGGGACGGUGGAGUGCAGGAGUGUUAUGCCCGCCGCAGGGAGUACCAGCUAUGUGACGCCGCCAAAUAUUAUCUGAGUGACCUGGACCGGAUCGCAAAGGCCUCCUACCUUCCCACUGAGCAGGACAUCCUGAGGGUCCGAGUGCCGACCACGGGAAUCAUCGAGUACCACUUUGACAUGGAAGAAGUAAUCUUCAGGAUGGUGGAUGUGGGGGGUCAGAGGUCAGAGAGGAGGAAGUGGAUCCACUGCUUUGAGAACAUCACGUCCAUCAUCUUUUUGGCCGCGCUCAGCGAAUACGACCAGGUGCUGGGUGAAUGUGACGAGGUGAGCUCCCCGUCAGUCAGAGCAGUGUUGAGGCACUGGACAUAUUGUACUGAUACACCUGUGGGCCGCAUCCAUGAGCAAACAUGCUGUUGUGUAAAAUUGGUAAGUAAAAGUCAAUUGUAUCUCACACAUUAUGUGAGAUUAUAAACUGGGCGAUUUGAGUCUUGAGUUCUGAUUGGCUGAAAGCCAU